UCACCUCUCUGUCCUUGCACCCCUCGCAACCUCAUACACACAACCGCCACAAUGUCGACCAACGCAAGAUUCGAUCCCAACUUCACCCCCUAUGUCGUCAAUGCCAUGGGACCCAACACACCCGAGCGUGCUCGUGUCAUCUUGGGUUCUCUGAUCAAGCACAUUCACGACUUCACCCGUGAGGUCGAACUUACCCCCGCCGAGUGGAUGAUGGGUGUCGACUUUAUCAACUCGAUUGGUCAAAUCAGCACUCCUAUCCGUAACGAGGGUCACCGCAUCUGCGAUGUUAUUGGUCUCGAAUCCCUCGUCGAUGAGAUUGCCAACCGUAUCGUCACCGAGCAGGGCAUGUCUCCCACCUCCAACGUCAUCCUCGGUUCCUUCUGGUCGCCCAACGCUCCUUUCCGUGAGCUCGGCGACAGCAUCAUUCAAGACCACAAGGAGGGCGGCAGAAUCACAUACAUGCACGGUGUCCUCAAGGACAUGGAGACUGGCGCUCCCAUCGAGGGUGCCGUUCUCGACAUCUGGCAAGCUUCUUCCAAUGGCCAGUACGACUUCCAGGACCCCGAGCAGACCGAGAACAACCUCCGUGGCAAGUUCAAGUCCGACAAGGAUGGCAAGUUCAACUGGUACUGCUACCACCCCACUCCCUACUCUCUUCCUACCGAUGGCCCCGCUGGUGUCCUCCUCAAGCUCAUGGACCGCUCUCCCAUGCGUCCCGCUCACAUCCACUUGAUGAUCACCCACCCCGAGUACGCCACCGUCAUCAACCAGAUCUACCCCAGCGACGACCCUCAUCUCGACAUUGACUCCGUCUUUGCCGUCAAGGAUGACCUUGUUGUCGAGUUCAAGCCCAGAAAGGACGACCCCAAGGCUCAGCUCGACCUUGAGUACAACGUCACCUUGGCUCUCAAGAAGCACCACCCCAACCCCAACUCUGCUCCUCCCUCUUCUUCCUUUGAGCGUUCGAUGGGCGGUGCCAAGAAGCCCAUCAACCCCAACAACCCCCCUGCCAACCUGUAA